AUGUCACAAGCGUUAGAGAAGGGGUUGUAUAAGGGGUUUUUAUGUGGUAAAGAUAAGGUGGAAAUUAGCUUGCUACAAUAUGUCGAUGACACAAUCUUCUUCGGAGAGGCAUCAAUGGAAAAUAUCAGGGCUAUCAAAGCAAUGAUGAGGAUUUUUGAACUUGUAUUGGGCCUCAAAAUCAACUUCGCUAAAAGCGGGUUGGGAGCUUUUGGGGUGUCGGACGAGUGGAGAAAUGUUGCAGCUGGUUACCUCAAUUGUAGGUUGUUUUCGUUCCCUUUCACGUACCUUGGUGUUCCUAUUGGAACAAAUCCGAGAUAUUGCCACAUGUGGGACCCUAUAAUAACUAAGUGUGAGCGAAAGUUAGCAAAAUGGAAGCAAAGACACUUGUUAUUUGGGGGGAGAGUGACUCUCAUAAAGUCAGUGCUAACGUCCAUUCCGAUUUAUUUUUUCUCUUUUUUCAAGGUCCCUAAAAAGGUGCAGGACAAGCUAGUGAGGAUUCAGAGAAGAUUUUUAUGGGGUGGUGACCAAGAUCAAGUCAAAAUAACUUGGGUUAAGUGGGAUACUGUAUGCUUGCCUAAGGAAGUUGGGGGGCUCGGAAUAAAAGACAUUAACUUUUUUAACCUCUCGCUGCUGGGUAAGUGGAAAUGGAGUUUAUUUCAUAGCCAGGGGGAGCUGUGGACUAGAGUAUUGGAGUCAAAAUAUGAAGGUUGGAGGGGUUUAGAUGAGGUAACUAGAGGGAAGGGUUAA